GAAGAACAACUACAUUCCCCAGGGGGCUCUGCCAUCACAGAGAGGAGAUGUAACUCCUGGCAAGGUCACCUGAUGCUCUCUUCUUCGUCUGCUCUUCUUCGUUGGCUCUCCUCCUGUCUUCCUGCUGCUCAACUGGACUGCACGUCUCACCUCAGUGUUGUGUUUUCUGCUGGGAUUCCACUGUACGAAACUUAUUACAAACAGGUAGAUCCAACACACACGGGGAGAGUUGGGGCAAGCGAAGCUGCGCUGUUUCUUAAGAAGUCUGGUCUGUCUGACAUUAUCCUUGGGAAGAUAUGGGAUUUGGCUGAUCCAGAAGGUAAAGGGUACUUGGAUAAACAGGGCUUCUAUGUCGCCUUGCGCCUCGUAGCAUGCGCACAGAACGGCCAUGAGGUUAACCUGAGCAGCCUGAACUUGACUGUGCCACCUCCUAAGUUUCAUGACACCAGCAGUCCCUUGCUGAUCACACCGCCUUCAACAGAGACUCACUGGGCUGUUAGGGUGGAAGAAAAAGCAAAGUUUGAUGGUAUUUUUGAAAGCCUUUUGCCAGUAAAUGGUUUACUUUCAGGAGACAAAGUAAAACCAGUUCUGAUGAAUUCAAAGCUACCUCUUGAUAUCCUAGGAAGGGUCUGGGAUCUCAGUGAUAUUGAUAAAGAUGGUCACUUGGACAAAGACGAAUUUGCUGUGGCAAUGCAUUUGGUUUAUAGAGCUCUCGAGAAAGAGCCAGUUCCUUCACUGUUACCCCCUUCUCUCAUACCACCUUCUAAAAGAAAGAAGACGCCUGUCUUUCCUGGUGCAGUUCCUGUUCUCCCUGCAAGUCCUCCUCCAAAAGACAGCCUGCGUUCUACCCCAUCUCAUGGUAUUGUAAACAGUCUGAACAGCACAGGGAGUUUGUCUCCCAAGCACAGCAUCAAACAAGCACAGCCAUCUGUGAAUUGGGUCGUACCAAUGUCUGAGAAAGUGCAAUACGAUGACAUUUUCUUAAAAACAGACACAGAUAUGGAUGGUUUUGUGAGUGGCCAAGAAGUAAAGGACAUUUUUAUGCAUUCAGGUCUGUCUCAGAAUCUCCUAGCACAUAUAUGGGCUUUGGCAGAUACAAGACAGAUAGGAAAGCUAAGCAAAGAUCAGUUUGCACUAGCAAUGUAUCUCAUUCAACAGAAGGUCAGUAAAGGGAUCGAUCCUCCACAAGUGUUGUCCCCAGAUAUGAUCCCUCCCACAGAGAGGAAUACGCCCAUACAGACUCUGUCAGGUUACUUGACUCCUGUAGGAACUGAAAUCUCAGCACUAACAGAAAUGCGUCGUGAUAGUUCAAGUUCUGUUGGAUCAGGAGAAUUUACAGGGGUGAAGGAACUGGAUGACAUUAGUCAAGAAAUUGCACAGCUGCAGAGAGAAAAAUAUUCUCUGGAGCAGGACAUUAGGGAAAAGGAAGACUCAAUUAGGCAGAAAACAAAUGAAGUUCAGGAACUGCAAAAUGAUUUAGAUAGGGAGACAAGUAACUUGCAGGAGCUUGAGGCUCAGAAACAAGAUGCCCAAGACCGCCUGGAUGAAAUGGACCAACAGAAAGCCAAACUGAAAGAUAUGCUGAAUGAUGUAAGGCAGAAAUGCCAGGAGGAGACACAGGUGAUUUCAUCGCUGAAAAUGCAGAUUCAAUCUCAGGAAUCAGAUUUAAAAUCACAGGAAGAUGAUCUUAAUAGAGCAAAAGCAGAACUGAAUCGCCUCCAGCAAGAAGAGACACAGUUAGAGCAGAGUAUCCAGGCUGGAAAAGUGCAGCUUGAAACGAUAAUCAAGUCUUUAAAAUCAACACAGGAAGAAAUAAACCAGGCAAGAAGUAAACUUUCUCAACUUCAAGAGAGCCAUCAAGAAGUCAGUAAGAAUAUAGAAGAAUAUAAUGAAGCUCUGAAUGGGGUUAAUGGUGGUAGCCUGACAAAUUUAGCAGAUAUAAGUGAAGGCCUUGGGCAGACAGAAAGAAGCAAUUAUGGAGCAAUGGAUGAUCCAUUUAAGAGUAAAGCCUUGAUGUUCACCAAUAACACGCAAGAAUUGCAUACAGACCCAUUCCAGUCAGAGGAUCCUUUCAAAUCUGAUCCAUUUAAGGGAGCAGAUCCUUUCAAAGGCAGUGACCCAUUCCAGCAUGAUCCUUUUGCAGAGCAGCCACCUGCUCCAGCAGAUCCUUUUGGAGGUGAUCCGUUUAAGGAAAGUGAUCCAUUUCGUAGUUCUGCCCCUGAAGAUUUCUUCAAGAAACAGGUGAAGAGUGACCCGUUCACAUCAGAUCCAUUCACAAAGCCCUCCACUUUACCCUCAAAGCCUGACCCUUUUGAAAGCAGUGAUCCUUUUACCUCUUCCAGUGUCUCUUCAAAAGGUCCAGAUCCAUUUGGAACAUUGGAUCCAUUUGGAAGUGGCACUUUCAGUAGUGGUGAAGGAUUUGCAGACUUCAGUCAGAUGUCAAAGUCAGUAGCUUCAGACCCCUUCACCUCUUCUUUUGGAGGAAUGGGAUUCUCAGAUGACCCUUUCAAAAGCAAAUCAGACACACCAGCAUUACCACCGAAGAAAAAUGUCCCUCCACGACCCAAGCCACCCAGUGGUAAAAGCACUCCUGUAAGCCACCUUGGGUCUUCAGAUUUUCCCAAGCCCCAUGAUCCAUUCCAGCCAUUUGGGGCUGACAGCAGUGACCCGUUUCAGAGUAAAAAGGGGUUUGGGGACCCAUUUAGUGGAAAAGAUCCAUUUGCUCCCUCCUCUUCAAGUAAAACUUCUAAAGACUCUUCCUUGGGGUUUGCAGACUUCAGCUCUUUUGGAAAUGAAGAGCAGCAGCUGGCGUGGGCAAAGCGUGAGAGUGAAAAAGCAGAGCAAGAAAGGCUGGCUCGGCUGCGGAGACAGGAGCAAGAAGACCUCGAGUUGGCCAUUGCGCUCAGUAAGGCCGACAUGCCGAGCUCGUAGGGCUGCUGCGCGCCUCCCUGGCCGAGGGGAAGCUGCAAACGCGGCUUUUCAAAGAUCCUAAGCUCCUGUUCUGUUGUGAAAAUAAUUCUAGUCACCUUCAACUCCAUACAGGACUGCCUGGUCCAAUCCAGCUGGGCUCUGCGCGGCUUUUCCAGUGCGUAAUAUGCAGGAAAUUCUGUAUUAUAUGUUCUAGGUAAAAUUACUGCUUGUAAGGAACUUAACAGGAUCUUAAGAUACUGAAAACAAAGUUUCUUUGUCUUGAAGACAACAUUGCAUAUAUUAAACUGCACCUUGUGAAUCUGGCUUAUUACCUGACUGGUUUGAGGCUGCAGUACCAAUUUCACAGAAAACGUUAUAAGAAGAUAUUUAUAGAACUAGCUUUCUCUUGCUGAGUUUAUUUAAUUAUUCCUGGUAGGCUGAUGAGCGCGUUAUCUAUGUCAAAGUCUUCAGCACAAAUUCGUUAUUAGAUGGUCCCUUUCUAUCCUGGAUGUAUGGCCUUUAUGAAAGAAUCUGGCGAUUUACGUAUGAUGGAUGCCAAUACAGAUAGUAUCAAGUUCUCCAAAUGUAAGAACUCUGUGAUUUAGGAGGUUUUCUUAUUUAAACACUUGUUCGCAUUGGAUUUUAAUUGUAGGUGACAUUGUAAAAAAUGGAGUUAAUUGUUGUAGUAAGAUGGAGAAGUGAUGGGUUGGCAGUUGAGUGACCAGGUAAAAUCUUGCUUUAUCUCAUAUGCAGAUGUGAUUACGGACUGUGGUAAAAGUUUGAGUGCUUCUUUCAUAUAGAAUCAAACAACUGAAUGCUCAGCAAGCUCCAGCUGAGUUCUGCCCUGCAGCUCAUCAUAGGUUGGCUCCAUUUGCCAGAGCAUAGAUUGUAUUUCUGUCAUCCCACUGAUGUGUGUGAGAUUCUCUACCUCUGUUCCUUGAAUUCCACCUAUCUUAUUUAUGGGGUUACAGAUCAAAUGUUGCUUAGCUGUGAUAAGGCCAGGGCCAGACGGAUGUUACUUGCAACACAGCCAUGCGUAACUCGUGGAAGUCCUGUAGUCUGGAUUGGCUUUAAAGUGUGGCUGUGGUACUCAGUGCUUCCUCCUGGUAAGGACAGCAGUGUGUUUUAUGUGUCUGAUUUAAAUAAGUCCUUACGAUAAAUCCGUGAAUUAUUUGCUUACUAAAACUGCCUUUUCUGAUAACCACAGGAAUUCUAAAGCUUCAGUUGUCUUCACCUUGGACCUCCAUGUCUAACAGUGCAGAAGGCAGGGCUGGAUGCUCUUUGUUCUUACUGGUGCAGCCUUUCUCUUGUAACGUUUUCUGGAAAAUGUGCUGUUCCUUCACCCUCACUGAUGCAGUUACAUUUUUCUGCCCUCGCUUCCUUCCUUUCAUUUUUCCUGACACAAUGACAGUGCCUGCUUACUGAAUGAAGGCAAUCUUUCCCCGUUCUGUUGCAACUGCCCUAUUCUGGAUGCUUUCCUUCCCAGAGAUAAUCAGAUUGGAUUAUUUUCAUCUCAUUGGUAGCUCUGAGUGUUGGUUGUAUGAGGUGAGUGCAUGUUUGUGUGUGCAUCCACAACGUGCACAUCCAUGCCUUUACACCUGCAGCAGUACAUCAGACUGAAAGCCCAUCUCAGGGCGGUGUUGGCAGUCGCAGUGCUGUGCUUUGUCUCCUCUGCUGCAAACUGUGAACUUCUGAUUUGCCUCAGAAGGGGAGACGAUGUUCUGCAAUACCAAAACAGCCACAGGAUGACUUCAGUACUUCUUUGAGUGAACCCAUGUGAGCGCAGUGGGAUUUCUAAUCUUACAGAGUCUGAUUUGAGAUCCCUUCUCAGUUUUCUUUGUAGUAUAUCAGAUUAAAUGAUCAAACAUAUUAAAACAUCAAGGCAUUCUCUUUUCUGAUGGUUUACAGGACUUAAAGUCUCUGAAAGCGAACUUGGUCUGUCUGUAGCUAACAUGAGAUCAAACUUGCUGUGAAAGAGUAAUUUUCAUAAUUGAAUGGCUGCAGUGUAGGAAUCUCAGUGAAGUUAAACAAAUUGUAUUCAUGAGUGAGAGUCUCCUUUUCAUUUUCUUUUGGGCAUGAGUCUUUGUAGUGUCUCUUCUGCUGUAAUAAAACCCUGUUUGUAUGCAGUGCCAUUACAGAAAGGAAAACCACUUUUGGAUACUACUCGGAUGAUGUCACUCCAGUGGGACAGGGCGGAUGAGCUGAACAGCUUGAUUCAUUGUCUGUGUUAUGUACCAUAACGAGACUCUGUGCUGCUUUGUCAGUGCUCAGAAAUAUUGGCAUUUAUAAUGCUUCUCAGGCAGGGAUCGGUGUUUUCAAGUUGCUGAGCAGGAAGGCAGAAAUGUGAAUUAAUGUAGCAUUCCACAUAGGGUUAGAACUAAUUGCUCAUUUUCCUGUUUCCUUAUGGACUCAUUCUUCAUAUUUGCUUCAGUAAGCAACAGAAGAUCAAGCAAAUUAGCAAGGACAGAAUGUGUCCCCUCUGCACUGUAAGAUCUCGUUACCUUCACUUUACUGAAAUGCUUUUUACACAAAAUUUGAGACACUGAAGUAGAGGAAAACAUAGCUGUGAUUUCUCCCUGUUGUGUAUUUAAGACAGUUUUCCACGUAGAAAAGAUGAUUUCCCACGUUCUUCCCUUUUGCCUGUAGCCAAGCAUUUUGUACCAUAACUGCACUUGAUUUUCUAAGCCAAAAGCUUUUAUGGCAAGACAUAGAUCUCAUUCUUCCUCCAGAACGGUGAAAUUUGAAGCACAAAUAGGCCUUUUGCUAUUUGGGCAGAUACAUGUACAAUGCAAGAUAUAUAAAAUGUGAGUAUACACAAUGCAUAUACAGUGUACAUUUUGAGAUCCGUAUUAUUAGUGUGUAUAUAUAUAAUGUAUUGUAUAAUGUAAUAAUAGUGUGUGUAUAUACUAUACAUGCCCACCUACUAUACCUAGUAUAUAGUUACUUGUGCUGUACAUAAAAUGUGUAUAUACAACAGAUAUGUAGAAUAUGCAUAUAUAUUCUAUAUAUUAGCAUUUGUGUGUAUGUAUUCUCUGUAGAGAGAUGGACACAAAUGAAAUCUGUACAGAAACACAGAUGAGAUUACGGCCCUUAGGAUUUCAAAGUUCUGGUGAAAGAAAAAGAAAGAAAAGGAGGACUGACUGCUGUGAGUAAAUUUGUUUUCAGAUUGCUGUCAUUGGCAUGAGAAGCUGUGUUCACUCAUUGUGCCAAAUGUGAGUCCUGGCAGAAAGUAGGCAUCAUCUGCACGGGGUGUGAGUUCACAUCCUUCGGAGUGUUUCAGCCCCACUCUUCAGUUGCUUUGCAGUGUAGGCUUCAUUUCUGAUCUUCUUGCAUGUUUGGCCACGCGUUGUCUGUUUCUCGGGCUGAGGCUGUGAUUUUUCUCUACGUUUGCUUGUAUUUUCUUUUUUUGCCUUCUCUCCCUCCCUCCCAUUUAAAAAAACCCAACAGCUACUUUAAGGAGCAGUUUCUCCCCCCCCCACACAGGUCACACAUGGAAGUGCUGAGGUGAACAAAGUCUCCUCGCCUCAUUCCAGUUACACAGGCUGCACUUCGUGCUCACCUGGACUUCGGUUUCCUCCAUUUCCACCUGAGCUGCUCCUUCAGGAGGAACACCAGUGUGUUGGCUUUGGGGAAGGGAUGGAGGUGAUUCUACUUUCUUUUAGGACAAACGAUUAGACUGUGGUACACUGAGCCAAACAAAGAGGUCAGUGGGCAUUUAUAGUGGCCUGUGUGUGUUUUGUGUGCAGUACUGUCCCUGCUGCAGUGACUCGUGGGAAACCAGGCAUUGCACACAGCACUGAGGAACAACAGCUGCAGGGAAAGGCAGUUCCUCACGUGGAACCUCUGCAUGCAAGCACUGCGUGUAGGACAGGUGCUGAGUUACUGUGUCCCCUUUCAGCCCAGUGUGUUCACAUCUGCCUCCGGUGGGUUCCCUAGGACGUGGUCACAGCUCUUGCUGUAAAACACACCAGGCAUUCUGCAGUAAAAGAUGCUCAUUAAAGUUGUACUUCUGUAAUACUGCUGUAUGGAGUGGUUUUGUGUUGGCCAACUUUCCCUUAUGAGAUCUCUGCCCUAUGAGGACCGUUUGUCCUCUCUCACUCAGUGCUCCCGCAGCGUGGGACGUCCCGAGCUGUGGCUGCCCGUCACCUUUUUGUUCGUCUUUGAAAUCUGUUGUUAGAAGUUCUGUAGGAAUUAUUUUGUCAUCUUAUGCUGAGAGAUAAUGCACUUUUCUUGGAUUCUUCUUAUAAUCCUUUUGGGGUUACUAUUUCUUCUUUAGUGUUUCUCCAUUGAGAAGAGUAUUUAUUCUGUAGAACCACGGCCCAAGGAGUUUUGGUCCAGGUAGAAUCGUUGCUUUCCCGAUGUGUAAGAGUUUGAUUUCUGCUGCCUUCUGCGUUUGAUUCCUCCCUCUCAGGAAUUCCACUUCUCUUUAAUUCAGAUGUUGAGUAUCAGCUCUGUGGAAGUGAUUUAUCUGUGCUAAUAACGUUCCAACCUCUUCCUACACCAGAGGAGCAGUGAAGCUGUUGUGUGUCGACCAUUGCAUCUCACCGUAGACUUCAGAACAAACAUCUUUUCUUAGGAAGGAGUUUUGCUUGCAGUGUGGUGGGAUUACAGGAGAUUUAUUUUUAGAGUAUGUUAACUGUUAUUCAUUGACACACUUGUUUUAUCAGUUGAUCUACUGCUCUUUUUACUUGAAAGUUUUAUAAAUAAAGCAAAUAAAGGCAAACUUGUUACAAAAUGGAAUUCUUCUUUUUGCAACUUCUGCUUUCCCCUUUAACUUCCAAAGGAAAACUCCUGGGGAAUGGGGUUCCGUCAGCUGUUAGCAUACUGUGCUCUUUCUGGUGUCCUUUCAGUAUGAUUUCCUUUAGUCUGACCUAAAAAGGGUGGAAACGAAGUGGAAACUGCAAUGUUGACCUAAAUUUGACUAAUAUCUCCAAAAAUGUACAUUAUUGUAGUUAUAUUUAUCUUUUGACGGUCGUAACGCAUUGAAAGAAAGUUAUUUUAAUUUUAACCCACUCGUGCUUAUUGUUUAAUAUAAUAAGAGAAAUGUUAUUGUUUAAUAUAAUAAAUGAGAAGUUACU